AUGAGUUUGAGUCCGAUUCACCAGAAUAUUAAAAAAAAUAAAGGAAAACUCCGCGUAAAGCCGACCGGUAGCAGUCCAAUUGAUGUUGUGGAUCCAAGCUGGGAGUUGUAUGUCCUGAUCCAGAGGAAAACAGAUCAGCAGGGGGAAAUCUACAAUAUGUUGCUUUAUAUAUAUCAGUUGCCAGUUAUGCAAGCUCUAGAGAAACAGCUUGGUGCUUCCAUAUUGGUAUUGCCUCCUUAUCAACACAAGGGUUGUGGACGAUACCUUCUUGAGGUUCUCAAUGAUGUUGCAAUAUCUGAAAACGUCUAUGACCUCACAGUUGAAGAACCAUUGGAUUACUUUCAACAUGUACGCACUUGUGUUGAUAUACUGCGCCUUCAUAAAAGCACCAUUGUGAAAGAAAACAACACUAUCAGUCUAUCAGGCAUGGCUGAUGAUCAUAAUGAAGACCCCCCAAAUGAAGUUCCAGCAGCUGUUCCAAUAUCAGUUUUUCAAGAAACUGAAGUUGAAGCCAUUGCUCCACAAGAACAACCACAGCAAGUUGCUGCGCCAGAAUAUGAAGAUUUUGCAGCACUUUUUCAAGAAAUGGAACCACAGCAAGAAAAUGAAGAUUUUGCAGCACUUUUUCAAGAAACUGAACCACAGCAAGAAAAUGAAGAUUUUGUAGCACUGUUUCAAGAAAUUGAACCACAGCAAGUUGCUGCACUAGAACAACAACUAGAACAAGGCUCUUCCUCUGGAAUUAACCCUUGUUAUCAAAAAUCAGUCCAAGGCCUCCAAGAGUUUGGUCAGUUUCAAGAAACUGGAGUUGCUGCACCAGAACAACAACUAGAACAAGGCUCUUCCUCUGGAAUUAACCCUUCUUAUUAUCCGCAAUCAGUCCAAGGCCUCCAAGAGUUUGGUCAGUUUCAAGAAACUGAAGUUGCUGCACCAGCACAACUAGUACAAGGCUCCUCCUCUGGAAUUAACAAGUAUGUCCCUUCUUAUCCCCAAGAAUUUGCUCAAUUACAAAAACGUGGAACCCAACAUGCCCAAGAAGUCAUUGCAGCACAGGGCAUGCCUGAACAGCAACAAGAACUUGAACAAAGUUGGAGCCUCCAAGUCUCACCUCAGUUUCACGAAUCUGCAGCCCAAGAACAUGCAGUCAUGGCAGCACAGGACAUGCCUCUGCCUCAACAACCGCAACAAGUAGAACAAGGAGGCCAUGCCCCUCCUGACGUCCCCCCAAGCCACCAAAACAAGAUCACAAGGUGCAGCAAGCGUUUUGAGAAGCAGUUGGCAUAUAGUGAGUGA